AUCAACAAACAUGGCCGACAGAGAGAAGCGCCGGUCCGGGGUGUCUCCCCCUGCUGUCGUAGCCGAGGGCAAAGCCUCCAAGCCGGACACGGACAGCGACUUCCUAUCGCAGGCCGGAGUUGGGGAGCUUCUACGCGGAGCCCUGUUAAAAAUGGUCGAAGCCAGGCCGGACGACCCCAUCGGUUUCCUGGCCGACCAUUUCGGCAGCCUCGCGUCCGUGGUGGAGAGUAGCAGCGCGACGGCCGGCAGUGGUGGCGGUGUUGGGGGGGACAAGGACCACCUGAACAACGGCUCGCUGGGAGGAGGAGCCCGGGCUCAGCAGCGUCUAAACCGGGCGCUGUGGCACCUGCGCUUGGCCCACCACUCCCAGAGAUCAGCGUUCAGCAACAAUGUCCGUGUAGCUUACGACCUCCUGAACCUCACCGGACCCUCCUGCCAAGGUGAGGUCCAAGACGACCCCCGUGACUCCCCAACAGUGGCAGGAGGAGGAGUCCGAGGGGGCGUGUACACACAGACUCUGCAGUGCCUGUGCAGUGAAGGCGGCAUCCCCGCCUCCACCUCUGCCCCUCUCCUGUAUCGCCUCCACUGCCAGGACCACGAGGCCGUCCCUUAUGACAUCUUCCGCCACGGUGUGCUCACGUGCGCCAUUUUUUCGGACUACAUCCGCCAGGCUCAGAGGCUUUACGCUGAAGUGUGCUGCCAGGACGAGGGGUCGCCAUCGCGGGCGCUGUGCCAGGCCGUGCUGGGCACACUAAAGGACGCCUUGGAAACAUCACAAGGCUGUGAUGUGAACAGUGUUGUUGACGUGAACGCUCGAGGCAGCCUGUGCUUGGAGUCCAGCGUAAAGGCUAUUCGCUACCUGGAGGCGAAUGCCAAGAUGUCGCCACGCAACCUGACACAGGCCAUGAACGCAGCGCGUAUGCGUGGGCCGGGUGGCGACAUGGAUGCAAAGGAAUUUGAGAAUGCUGCUGCAGAACUUUUUAUUGCUCGUGUUAAAGUUGUUUCUUAACAUGUGGUUGUGCAGCUAGUGAUGCCCUUAUGUGCUCCUACCUCCAGCAGACUCUUUGAAGACACUACGAGUAACUUACAUACAGUAGAACCGAUCAUAUGCUCCUUUGGUCCUUUGUUGAUAGAGGAAUGCAAUAAUGCUCUGAUCUUUAAUAAAUCCUACUUUUAUUAUUGUCAGGCUCAUAUACAUUAAAAUAUAUAGAUACAUUAUUCAUGUAUUGUGUACAUGUAUUAUUUAUUUCACCCAUAAAACGGAAUAAUUGCUAAAAAGGAUUCAUUGAUUCAACUGCUCCCACCUGCGACCACUAGGGGAGGCAGACAUCACUGUCGAAGCCGAAGAAGAAAACCCCAGAAGCACGCCUCACAACAUUAUUGUUCCACCAAUCGUUUACGACUACUUACCUCCUCAGCUCUUCAUUCCGUGCAAAUGAUACUUGCAUUAUU